AUGCCACAGAUCACUGGUAUCAGACUGCUCCUCCCUUCCUGUUCUCCGGCAAGACCUCUAUCGGCCUCCGCAAAUCUCUUCAGGUUCUCCUUCGCCUCGUCCCUUGGGUGUAGAUUCUCACUCGCCACCCAGAGACCUCGCCAAUCUCUGUCCAUAUUCUCGUCGUCUUCGUCUUUUGAUUGGAGAGGGAGGAGACCCGGCAACUUCCUUCCUCAGAGGAGGAGGAGCAGCAGCGACGGCGACCUCGCAAGGGAGAGGCGGGAGAGUAAGGGAUCGACGGAAAUGGAACUCGAGGGUGCGACUUUUAACAGGAAGAGAGCCGAGGGAAGGGAUCGGAGCGCCAAACCGAGAAACCUGCAGCUCAAGGUCCGGAAGCUGAACCCUGUCAGCACCAUCUGCUAUGCCCAGGUAAAGGUGAUUCAGUCGUGAGACGGGAGCUACUGUUUACUUAUUUUCAACUUUCAGCAUUUGGAAAAAUUGGUAACCACAAAGUUUUUGAGGCUGAUUUACUAGUUGGGAACAGGGAGUUCUCAAUUCUGAAAAUAAAAUUUACUCUUGACUCGGUUUCUAUUUAGUAAGAUUUUUCUGACCCGGGUUCUUGCACUUCAAACUUUUCUCCAUUUAUUUUCUCUCAUUUAUUAUCUUAUAUUUUUCCACUCAAAAGUAUUUUUAGCUUAUUUUCUCUCUCAUUUUCAUCGUGCCCAUUAGAUUCUGGGGACUGGCAUGGAUACGCAGGAUACUUCACCCUCGGUACUGCUCUUCUUUGACAAGCAGAGAUUCAUUUUCAAUGCUGGUGAGGUCAGUAAGAACAUGUGAGUUUUGUUUGCCUUCUGGCAUGCUACACGAUUAUAAUUUCAAAGCUCAGCCGCUGAUAAAAAUUUGACUUUGAACUUUUCCGCGUUCUUCGAAUUGGAAGCAAACUUCGUUUGAUUACUUCAAAUGGGAGUUUAAAUACUUAUUCAUGCUACACUCAAUGAACUGAUCUCAAUAAGCUUUGUAUAUGCUGUAUCCUAUGGAUAGACAUUCUGUCUUAAGCAUGUAAUGAAGAACGGGAGAUGAAUUUCUUGUAAACAGUGUUAUAUAGGGAAUUUUUGUUGAUAAAAAAAUAAAAUUAAGGUUCUUUCUAGAACACUUGAAAUUGGUUGUCAUAAAGAUAGCCACCUACAAUUCUAACAUAUUUAUGACCAAGGCAUCUCCUAGUGAACUCAGAGAAAGCACAUUUGCACAGAAUUCACCCUAUCGAGUGAUCAAAAUUAUCUUGUAUAAACAGUGGUAUGUAUCUCGUUAAUUUGAAUCACUACUUGCAUCUUGCCCCACGUAUUCCUGUAAUAUGACGUAGAGGAAAGCAGGGAAUAUAGAUAUGCUAGCACUGUUUUACCAGAUGCCCAGUGAAGCCAGGUUGGCCUUUGACUAUUUCUGGCAUCGUCUCUUUUCUUUCUUUGAACUACAGGGCCUUUUAGUGGGGUGCCUUUAGUUUGAUUUCUCAGUGGUUCGCUUCAGAUGAAUUUUCCUUUCAUGAAUCCAUUUUUCUGCUUCUCCUUCUAGGAAGAUAAUAUGCUGUUGAUUAAUAUGGCUAAUUAGAAAUGGAUUAGGGAUUAAUUUAGCGACAGAGAGGAGUAAAAAAACUGGUGCUACUUAACGCAAAGGAAAUUGGUACCUUGAAAAAGAGUGUGGUAUUACUAUUUUUCCGGCCCUACUUGUUGAGAAGCUGCCUCUGUAAUCUGGAAACUGUACACUUAGUUUUCAACAGUCAUCCUGUUUCUUUAUAAUCAUAAUAGGCUUAGAAUUCUUUGGUGAAUUGUGAAAAUGUUGCAAACCAGUAUGCAUAAUGCUUUUUUUUUUAGAAUCACGCUUUCUGCAUAUAUGGAUAUUUUGGUCUCCUUUUUCAUCGCUGAAGAGAUGUAAUUUUCUUUGGUGGGUUUGGUAUCCCUUCUAAAGUUUGACUAUUAUUGUUGAUGGUCAACGAAAAAUUUACCAUCCAGUUUCUCAUUAGGAAACCAAGUACUAUUGUAAAUCAUACUCUAGACCUUCAAUCAAACUGUCUACAUAAUUUGUUUUCGAAUGAUUUUCUUCAACCUUUUACCUGUUAUAUCCACUUUUUAAAAUUCAGGGCUUACAACGGUUCUGCACUGAACACAAGAUUAAAUUAUCAAAGGUAUGUGAUCGGUGUUGUGCCAAUAUUUUUUUUCUGUUUUGUUAUGCCAAAUGCAUAGUCUAAUGCGUGCCUCUUCUCUGUUGAUCCUUCAGAUUGAUCAUAUGUUUCUGACCCGUGUUUGCUCAGAAACUGCUGGUGGUCUUCCAGGUACGUAUGUAAAUUGAUCUCCGGUGCCAUUUAUCCUUAUCUUUUAAAUAUUGAAGAAUUAUCUGCCCAACUAAUUUGAUGACAAAAAAUUCCAACUAGGUUAAGGGUUUUUAUUUACCUGCAGGUCUUCUAUUAACCUUGGCUGGUAUUGGUGAGGAAGGGAUGUCUGUAAGUGACAUAAUUUCUUACUGGAUAGCUAUCUAUCUGUUUUAGUUUAAUAUGUUUGUCAUUAUAGUCAUUCUGAAUCACACGUUGGCUGGGCUUUUAGUUUAAUAUGAAAGUUUUUCAGCCAAAUCCUGUUUCUUCUCAGGGGAGCCAGGAUAAAAACACUAAUUUUUUUUCUGUACCUCAUACAAUCUAAUUUUCCAGAUGUGUUUUCACCGUUGUUCUUUUAUACAGGAUUUCGACCACUUAACAAUGGCUUGCCAAAAGAAAAAGAGAAGAAUGUCUAUGGCGUAGUUUUGUACAGCUUUUAUGCAAAUCUUUCAAACAAAUGUGGCUCACUAGCUUACCUGAGGGUCUGAUUCUCAUUUUUCUGAAGUCCCCUUCAUACGGGUGCCAUAAAUAAUCAUUUUUAAGGACUUGAGUGUGAAAGGGAUUUUUGUUCUUAAUGUCUUUUGCCUUUAGAAGCAGAAAAACUGUGGAUCUAGAACAGAAUUGAUGGCCAAUUGGUGUCCUGGCUAUAGGAGGAGAUGCAUGAAUAGUAACUGACGCAAACUAUACAAGGAUGAACAGUUGGGAAAAAAUCUCUUCUAUACUCAAAUCAUAGAACAAUUGCACAUUUUCCCCAAAUCAUACGUAAUUACCCUGACCACAAAAAAGGUAACUACCUAGGUUAAGGAACUGACCUACUAGGUAACUACUAACAGACUAAGAAACUGGCCAAAAGACACUAACUCCUAAUUACAUAUUUUUCCCAUACUUACCCUCAAGCUGCUGAACAGCCAUCUUCCAUUCCCAGCUUGAAUACAAUACUCUGAAAUACUGGACUACUUAGUCCUCUCGUAAGUACAUCUUCAAGUUGGCCAUGUGCUGAUGCAUGAGGUGUGCAAAACAAUCUGCCAUCCAACUUCUCCUUGAGGAAGUGUCUGUCAUUCUUGACGUGUUUUGUUCAAUCAUAUUGUACUAGGUUGUGAGCAAUGAUCAUUUCAGAUUUGUUAUUAUAACAGAUUCUCAAUGGGCCAUCCCACUUGUUCUUCAAGCAAAAUAGUUCAUGCAGACCUUGGGCCAAAUGUGGUACUACGAAGGAUGCUUUUGAAUGGGAAGCAGAAGUGGACCUGAAAAGCAAUCAGAUUUCUAAUGGUUUAAUAGAAGAACGACGAUGUUAGAACCUGUAGAAGAAAUGGGCUAGAAUCUCUAAACAUCAUGGAGAUCACUGGACCAUAUAUUCAGGUGGGAUUUUUGAUUCCCGGUUUUAGUUUCUGGCAUGUUCCCAGUUGGCCAAUAAUUGAUAAUUGUUGAAAGAGGGGAUGCUUUAAAAUAGUAGACAUUGACUAGGAAUUUCUGUAUGGGUUUGGAGAGCAAUGGCUUAGACUGAAGAUAAGGGUGGAUGACGCAAGGGAAGAGAAACUGUGUAGGUACCUGGAGAACUGCUAGAUUAGAGGGCGGUGUCUCAUAGAAAGGUUUUACCAGAGUGAGGUUGGGAGGCUUGAAGAUCUUGAAAACUGAAUGACUGAGGCAUCCAAAUGAAGUAGGCUGGACAACAUAAAGAAGAAUACAGAAAUGUUGGAAAAAAAACUAUGACCACCUUGUUUGUUGAGGACAUUUUCUGAGGGAUGGAGGAGCUGUGGUCGGUUACGAUUAACCACUUAAUCAGAGGUGCAGGUAAGAGAUGCAGAACGUCUGUGCAAAACUGUAGUUGGAUUCAAGGGUGGCCUGGGUACACUGAUUGCAUAUUGGAAGAAAUCUAUGAGUACUGGCCGAUCUGUACCGGGAGUGGCCAGUUAUAGAAAAGCAGUGGAUGGAGCGGUAACACUGUAUUCCAUAUAGAAUUUGCUUGAAACCAGUGUUUGACAGCUUGCUCCAAAUUGAAAAAUCCUAUUGUAGAUCCAAAUGGCAGACCACAACAAGAAAAUUCCAGUUUUCCUUCUCUCACAUCCUGGCAGAAUGGGAAAAUGACCAGAACCGAAAAUAGUCGCAGCAAAUAUGUGGUAUCUGGGUUACAGUUUUUUUCAAAGAGCUCAACAUUGGCAUUAUGUUUCUAAUUUAGUAUGAUUUUAAGCCCCUGGCCAAGUGCUCUGUCUCUUUCAUUUGUACUCUCGCAGGAUGUUUUCGCACCAUCUAUCAAAUGGGUCUCUGCCCUCCAAUAGUAUUCUAUAUUUGCAUUAAUAGGAUAGUGUUUCCUUACCGCCUUAAAAACACGUGUAAUUAAACAGUCAUAAACUGUGCUGAUUGCUAUUUACCUUCCAAUUUUGCUGUCAAGCAUUGCACAUUUACCUCUACCAGUUGAAUAUAUUGAUUUUAUUGUGGCUUUGCUGUUUCAAGGUCAAUAUAUGGGGACCAUCUGAUUUUAAGUACUUUGUGGAAGCAAUGCGCUCAUUCAUUCCAAAUGCUGCUAUGGUUCACACUCAUAGCUUUGGUGGUACAACUGAUGACAACAGGGCAGACUCGUCAAAUUCUGGGGCUGUUAGGUCGCUGACAAACCCAAUUGUUCUCAUUGAUGAUGAGGUUGUCAAGAUAUCUGCUAUUCUCCUUCAUCCCUCCUUUUCUGGAGAAUGUGCUGAUAAAAUGGAUGUUGCUAAUAUUGCAAACUCAGAUAACUUGGAUUUGCAAAGUAAAGCUAGAUCUUCACUGAAACCUGGAGAUAUUGCCGUGAUUUAUGCAUGUGAGUUGUCUGAAAUCAAGGGAAAGUUUGACCCUCUUAAAGCUCAGGCACUUGGGUUGAAACCUGGACCAAAAUAUCGUGAACUGCAACUUGGCAAGUCAGUCAAGUCUGAUCGUCUUGACAUCAUGGUAAGCCAAUAUCUACUACUUUUAGCUCAUAUGAUUUUUUCUGCACUUCUGCACGUAUGCCCUCUCUCCCGAACCCAAGCCCAAAUCAACCUUCUAAAACCAAAUGUAAAAGGGCAAAAGAGAUGUAAUGGAAUUUUCACAUGAGCUGCUUCUGAGUUCUGGUUGCACAUUCUGCUUGCAGAUUCAUCCAAGUGACGUUCUUGAUCCAUCAAUCCCUGGCCCAAUUGUACUUCUGGUUGACUGCCCCUCAGAAGCUUAUUUACAAGAGCUGUUGUCUUUACAAUCUCUCAAUCCGUACUACACAAAUUUCAUGGACCAGUCAAAUGAGGAAUCCAAGUCUGUGAACUGUGUGAUCCACUUGGGCCCUGCAUCUGUUACCAAGACUGCACAAUACCGGAGCUGGAUGAAAAGAUUUGCUGGUGCACAGCAUAUUAUGGCUGGGCAUGAAAUGUAAGUCAUGCGUCUUGCAAAAACUCAGUAAUUUCUUUUGGUGUUCCGUAACACUUUCUUUCAUAUCGUUCUCUUAGAUAUCAAUGAUAUGCUAUCAGUGCGGAUGGUCUGUACAUACAUGUAACACUUGUAUGGUCAAUGUACUCUAAUCUUUGUGUGUAAAAUGACGUUAUAUUUGUGCUCGUUCAGCGUACCAUUUUUCAUGGGCACUAUGGCCUUCGUUCACUGAAUGAGUGAAAUGUUACCUUGUAGUGGCGGUUCUAGUAGUAGAUAGAUUGGCUGUGAGUAUCAAAGCAUCUAUCAAAGGAAGAAUUAUCUGGUACUUGCUGCCCCUGUUCUUUCUUACUAGCUGGUGGAGGAAGAUUCAGCGGACUUAUGCAUUGCUUGAUUGGCUACUUUUGGAUUUUGCACCAAACUUGCUCUUUGAGAUGGGAAACUUGCUGUUCCUGAUGGAAAUCUCCUGUCCGACUUUACAGCCCCCCUCUCUUUUCAUAAUCUUUCACAGACAACUGAAAAUGUCCUCAUUGGGUCCACCUACGGUGUCAUUUCUCCUACAUUCCGCUAUUUACUUUAAUGUUGCUCACAACCAGCUAUAAGGCUAUGCUUGCAAACAUUUCUUGUUCGAUGUAGUUUCUUUUGGUCUAAGAUUGCAACCCUGGUCCCUGGAUCCAGUCUGUUCAAACGUGAAUUUUCCCGUGUCCGUGCUUAGCCAAUGUUGGUGUAGACUUAUUUCAGCCAGUUUCAAUCUAUCCCCUCCCUUAUCCUCACAGAAUGUGAUUAAACUAUGUAUUUUGUCCACAAUUCAAAGUGACAGUCAUGUAAUCCAAUGAAGAAAAUAUCUGGCAAUCCACCGGGUUUUUUUAAAAUUUGUGAUUGAAAACACUAGUCACAUGAAGAUGUCUCACUCCAUCCCUCAGUCUAUAGGGUCUGUGCAAGUUAGAAAUGCCUAAAAUUAAAGCAUCCCGUUCUGUACUAAGAUUACACUUAGAAAUGAGGCAUCAACGGUAUUAAGAUAAUAUUCUUUUGACAACCAUUGAUAACCAUUGUUAAAGAAAAAUAUACUAACUUUCUUUCAGGCAUUGACUCUUGGGAUUGUAUCCUCAAUAUGUGCUUUCUGCGAAAAUAAAAGGAGAAAUAAUAUUUUACUUGUUAUAAAUUAUACAUAUGGAGUUUCCUUGAAAAUCAUGCUUUAUAAUGUUCUGAUUUUAGUCUCUGUUAAAGUGUUGUGGAUCCUCAGUAAAUUAUGUUGAACUCUACUUAGUUUAUAAGCUGGUAGUGACAGUCUUUUGUAGAAAGUUUUUUUGUUGUAGGGAAGAGCUAGGGUUUCAAAAAUAGUUUGUCUAGCAUUACAACAUUUGUGAACUUUGCUAAUGAUGUCCAUAAAAUCUGUAUUAUCACGGGUGAUCAAAUAAUUUUGAUGAUUCAUGAAAUUAUAAAUUUUACAUGUAACAUCCAUUCCUUGUCUUUCGGUCCUCGCUCAGAGCCACUAAUCAGUGCUAGUUAUCCAGAGUUGCCAUCAAUAAUCAAAAACAAUUAAGGACACUAGCUACAACACGGUUUUAGUGUCAAUGAUCAGUAUUUUUGGCACUAAGUGCUAAUGUAAUCUUUUUGUUCCUUUUGGAAGUAUCCAUUGGUGAAAAAAUACUCUCUUUUCAGGUCCUUGAAAAGAUUUAGGAGAGUGUGUAUAGGCAAACAUAGCAAAAAAAAUCUGUUCUCACAUAAACUUAUCCAUCAUUUCCAAAAUCACUCAUGAAUCAAAUCCACCAAAAAAAUUCGAGGUCAAGUCUAGUAAAUAUAUAAUAAGUUUAUCACAGAUUACUUAUUUGAAAAUGCCUUUUCGUCAUUUUUUUUUAGUUAGAGGAUAAUCCGACCUAAUCAAAUAAUAAAAAAAGUUCUACUGAAGUCUUCUGUGAUAAUUAGUUUAAACCUAGAAUUUUUUUUGAAUGACAUUCAAAAAAAUGCCUCAAUUUUUUUGAAAGACUCAAUUGGCUUCCUAUAGCUGUUUAUUAUCUUUUUCAUAUUAAAAUGACAUUCUCAUAUCUGAAAUUCCUUAGCAAUCUUGACUUGUUUCUCAGCUUAAGGGAAGAGGAGCCUAGCUCACUGUCAGUGACAGUAUGCUCAACACCUCAAUGUAACAAAUUGAAACAAAUAUAAACCGAGGUCUGGGAACAGCCAUAUUUUUUUUAAUUUGAAUCAGAUGUUAUGCUACUGCACUUCUUUGACCAACUUUUUCUAGAAAUCGGAUCAGACAGAAUGCAUGAUAGGUAUGUUUUCUGUGUGACCAUUCGGCUGCGAACAUAUGGAGGUAGGAAUAAUGACUUGGUAACUAGUAGGCCCAUUGAGUGUAGACUUCGGAAAGGAAUGUGGCAAGACUAAGGAGUGAUGCAUGUCGCUUGUGAGAAGCUGGGGAAUCAUGACUGCUCGUUUGCUUCCAAUUUUUCUUUGGAAAUUCUUGAGUAAGUUUUCUUUGGAUAACGUAAUAAAGUUAUCGUCUUGUUUGGCUACACGUAAUCAUUCUUUCUUUUUCUGAGUGCAUACUUGGACUAAUUUUUUUCUUUUUUUGAAUAACGUGGAGUGGUAUCUCUGUUUUAUGCUCAAUUUCAGACGUUUUUGUCUUCUCUUUGAUUGGGGGAGUUAACAUUCUUUUAAGAACUAAUUCUUUUUCCUUUUCGUCCUGGCAGAACUAAAUCUUCUUUUGCUUCUCUAAAGAACGAAAGUUUUCUUUAUUUGCUUCUUUGAAGUUACUGGAAAUCCAUUUAAGGUUUCCCUCGCCCGAUUUAUCAACAUCACUUAAACCAUAUAUCUACAGGGGGUUUAGACUCUACUUUAUAUUGUUUAGGUUUGAAGGUUUCUAUUUCAGCUUCUAAUGUGUAUUAUUCCUGAUUAUAAUACAGAAAAAAUAUUCAGAUCCCGAUUCUUAGAUCCAGUGCAAGAAUCACAUCAAGGCUUAAUUACCUUUGUCCCCGUCUCUUUCCAACGCAAGGAUUUUGGUCUGUUCAGCACCCUAGUAGCUUCCUUCAAGACUCCAAUGCUUCCACAGAGGUUUUUCCUUUUAUAAUUUCCACUAUUGUACUAUUUAAAUUGAUCAGGAUUGAUGUGCCAUGCUGGUGUCCUGAUAAUUUAGCAUUUUUUAUCUUUUCAGGAUUCAUCUCCCAUUGUUUGUGAAACCAUAUCUGCAGAAAAUCUUUUGAAGGUAUGAACAUGGUGCACCUCUCUUAAUGAGAGGGUUGUCACAUUAAGUCUUAGAGAUUACUUGCUUGCAGUUUUGCAAGUGAGGAUUUUUUUUGUUUUUACCUUUGCCUGUAGAAUCAACCAUACAGGAUAUAUCAAGUUCUUUUAGACUUUCGAGUAUGUGUUCUGCACAUUGACUUCAUUAGUGUAUUUGAAGUUAGCAUCGGCAUGUGAUAGUUUAUCUGCAGCUCUGAGGCAGGAAUUUCCCUAUUAUGCCUUAGAUAUAUUUGGCAUGCUUAUGCGCAUAUGUGCUAUUUGUGGAAUGUUUAUUUGGUGAGACGCGUUAUUAUUUCUUGUAGAUUAUGUAAUGAGUUUUGAGUCCUAGCUAUCCAUAUUUGAAAUCCAUGCGGCUGGUUCAGGAGAGGAUUGAGACCAAACCAGUAUAAGAAAGAAAAUUCAAGAUCAUGUUAGUAUUCAGGAUCUUACUUUUUUUAUAAUGUAAUAUAAAGUGGUUUAAUUCAAAGAGUAUUAUUUAAUGAUUAGUAGCCUCUAUUUUCGUAUAGGUUAGACUUCAGUCCUGGAGUUGGUAAGCUUUGCUGCUGCUCCUCAACAGCAUCACCAGCUGAAUCAGUGAGAAUCAGUGUUGUGAAGAAGUAGGUCGCUAAAGUUACCCGGGCAUGCUGAAUUCCUCACUAUUGAACCUAAUAUAUAGAUACACGUAUUUGUACAGCAUCUAUCUCUCCGUCUUCUGUCUGGAGCGUUUGUGACAUGGUGCCUCCUUUUUUUUUUUUUUUGGCCCUGUAAUUAAUACCUUUUUACCCUGACUUCCUUUCAGUUUCAUCUUCGCCCGUAUUCCCAGCUGGGCCUGGAUAGAUCCGUCAUCCCAAGCUCAUUGACAGCCGAAGGAAUAGUCGACGAACUCAUCUCAGAAAUUCCUGAGAUCACUGAUGCUUCAAGGAUUGUUAGUCAGCUGUGGUGUGGCUCAGGUGAUUCCAUGCACAGAUCAUCUGCAAACGAUAACAUGAUUGAAGAACCAUGGAUGACUGAGAAUGCAGUGAUGUCGGAUAGCUGUAAGAUGAGUCAGCAGAGAGUUAUAUCUGAAGGCAUUCAUGUCGAUCAUGACUCUGAUGUACCAAGCUGCCUGGAAGAUAUCACACGGGAGGACAUGGAAAUUGUUCUCUUGGGAACAGGUUCUUCACAGCCAUCAAAAUACCGGAAUGUAAGCUCUGUGUACGUUAAUCUUUUCUCAAGAGGAAGCUUGCUCUUAGACUGCGGUGAAGGCACAUUGGGACAACUGAAGAGAAGGUCAUUACUUUGCUCAUACUGCACAAAUAUACUUGCUUAUCUUCAUUAAUUUUCCUAUGAUCUUACUUUUCUGAUGCUGGGCGCUCAGAUUUGGCAUGAAAGACGCCGAUGAUGCUGUGAAAGCCUUGAACUUUAUCUGGAUAUCUCAUAUUCACGCUGAUCAUCACACCGGCCUGGCAAGGAUCCUCGCACUACGUGCUGAAUUGUUGAAGGGAGUCCCACACGAGCCUGUGCUCGUGAUUGGGCCAAGACUGCUGAAGAGAUUUCUUGAUGCGUAUUCCAGGCUGGAAGACCUUGACAUGCAGUUCUUGGACUGCAGGUACACCACGGCCGCAUCAUUUGAUGCUGUCGCAGGUUCCCUUGGACUGGGGGGGAACACCCCCGAGCUAGGGAAGAAUAAUAACAAGCUUGAUGGGGCUGGCCGUGUGGAGAACACCUUGUUCUCAAAGGGGAGCAGGAUGGAGAGCUGCUGGAAGCGGCCGGCGAGCCCAGUUGACACUGCCACCAUGGUCCCUCUUUUAGCAAAGCUGAAACGGGUGCUGCAUCGGGCAGGCUUGGAUGCUCUGUUCAGUGUCCCAGUGGUGCACUGCCCACAGGCAUUUGGCGUCGUCGUGAAGGCCGCUGAGAGGACCAACCGCGUUGGAAAGACCAUACCCGGAUGGAAGAUGGUGUAUUCAGGCGACACAAGGCCAUGCCAAGCAAUCGUGGACGCCUCUCGGGAUGCAACAGUCUUGAUUCACGAGGUACUCAGCUUCAUUAAGUCUCGACCUUCUUCCUUGGUACAAUCUUCUGGGUCUCUCCGUCCCUAGCUUUCGAUAAAUCCGUGAUCUUUUUUCUGGGUCUUUCUGGGUCUCUGUUUCAACCACUGUGGAGUCGAAAAAUGGAAGCUUUAUGAUGUGGAACAGUCCUUGGCCAUGAAACUGAGGCAUUCUUGUUGUUCUCUGCUCUCUCAGGCGACCUUCGAGGACGGGCUGGAAGAAGAAGCCUUGGCGAGGAACCACAGCACGACCAUGGAAGCCGUCAACGUGGGCACCUCGGCAGGCGCCUACCGCAUCAUCCUCACUCACUUCAGCCAGAGGUACCCGAAGAUCCCUGUCUUCGACGAGAAGCACAUGAAGAACACGUGCAUCGGCUUUGACAUGAUGAGUGUCAACGUGGCUGACUUGUCCGUGCUCCCAAGGGUCCUCCCUUACAUCAGGCUGCUCUUCAAGAACGAGAUGGCCCUCGAUGAGUCAGAAGAGGCCCUCGUCGCUGCAGCCAAUUAA